UAAAAAUACGGAGUCCAUUAAUGGCCUGUAAAAUAAAAGUUGGGCCAGCAUAAGACACAAGCCCAACAAAUUCAAGGCCCAAUUUCUGUCACAUGCUUCUUCCUUAAACCCUUUGAACAAAAACCUCUUCGCCAUCUUCAUGAAUCAUGAUCUGGGAAUAAACUAAGUUUGGAUUUUGAAGAUUUGUGAUUAAAGAUGGCUUUUCGAAGCUUACAGACGAUUCGUUCUUUGUAUCGGUCGGCAUUGAUUCGGGAAUCCUCUUAUAUGCUUGGAAGCUCAAUAAGCUAUUCAAGUGGUCUUUCAAAUGAAAUCUUGGCGGAAAUUCAUUGCAGGAAUUUGUCUUCAUCAUCAUUCAAGGGCCAUAAUGCACUUCCGUGGACAAUUCGAGGCGCUAUGACACUUCGUUCCACAAUGGCUGCUGAGUUAGCAAUUUUCUGGAACGACACUAGGUUGGUAGCAACACAAGCAAAAGCUGCUCCCACACAAGGACGAAAAACGGGACUUAAAGUAGCCAUGUUCAGUCCUGGGUUUGUUUAUGAGCCAUAUGGUCCUCGUGAAGCAAUCUCUUUUUGGCGGAGAUGGUUUACAAGAACUGGUUGGAGAAGAACGAAAGAUGAUAUGAUUUUAGAGUUGAAAAAUGCAUAUGCCAUUGCCAAAUUAAGAAAAACUGGAUACUCUAAGCAGAAAUUCUACAAAGAGGCGGUAGAGUUAUACAAAGAGAUCAAUACUCUAAUAUCAAAUGGAGACAAAAAUUCACUUAGAAAGGCAGUUACAGAGAGGAUGUACUCAACACUAAAGAAUGAAAUCAAACAAAGAGAAUCCAUAUGGAGUGAGGUCCACUGGGAGCUGAUUCAACCUAUUGUCAAAAUCCGAACUCUUCGAGCUAGACUGAUUGGAGUUGAUCGAAAUGACACCAAUAAGGUGUUUAUACAGCUUACACUCGAGUUUUUAUCAAAGCAGAAGUUUGAAGCUUAUGAUUCAAAUGGUAAUGUAGUUGCUGGAGAUAAAUCUAAAGAGGUUCUGGUUAAAGAUAUCUGGGUAUUUGAGAAAUCCCUCUUUCAUCCUGGUUCUUAUUGGCGUCUUUGUGGGCGGAUAUCGCUGUAAGCAAGCUGGUGUAUCAUGCUAAUGACAAAUAAAUUCUUGUACCCAAUUUUGUAAGCUGCAGAUAUUAAUAAACUUUCUUAUGAUUCAAACUU